GCGUUUAGUAAUCCGUGGUGUAGUUGGUUUGUGCCGUUAUAAAGCUCUUUCCGGUUAGUGUUUCAGCAUGGCUCGUGGCCCGAAGAAACACUUGAAGCGACUGAACGCACCAAAGGCAUGGAUGUUGGACAAGCUUGGUGGUGUUUAUGCACCUCGACCAAGUACAGGGCCCCACAAACUAAGGGAGUCUCUUCCUCUUGUAAUUUUCCUUCGCAACAGACUCAAGUAUGCCCUUACCAACUGUGAAGUUAAGAAAAUCGUUAUGCAGCGUCUUAUUAAAGUUGAUGGGAAAGUUCGUACUGAUCCAAACUAUCCAGCUGGCUUUAUGGAUGUUGUGACAAUUGAGAAAACUGGAGAAUAUUUCAGGUUGAUAUAUGAUGUCAAGGGACGGUUUACCAUUCACAGAAUCACAGCUGAAGAAGCAAAGUACAAGCUUUGCAAGGUAAAAAGAGUGCAGACAGGCCCCAAAGGAAUUCCUUUCUUGGUGACUCAUGAUGGAAGAACGAUCCGAUACCCAGAUCCAGUCAUCAAGGUGAAUGAUACGAUCCAACUUGAUAUUGCCACAUCAAAAAUAAUGGAUAGCAUCAAGUUUGAUUCUGGUAAUCUGUGCAUGAUAACUGGAGGGCGUAACUUGGGACGUGUGGGCACAGUUGUUAACAGAGAGCGACAUCCAGGAUCCUUUGACAUAGUCCACAUUAAAGACUCCCAAGGACAUACAUUUGCCACAAGAUUGAACAAUGUGUUCAUAAUUGGUAAAGCCACCAAACCAUAUGUGUCACUGCCACGCGGAAAGGGUGUGAAACUCAGUAUUGCAGAAGAGAGAGAUAAGCGGCUUGCUGCAAAGGCUGCUACUGGAUAAAAGAUGUUAACACUGCUUAAAAGUUGUCCUUGUAUGAUGAGUCAAUAAAAUUGGUUUCCAUGUG